UGUUUACUGUCGCUAUAGCAACCAGGAGCAGGAAUACUCCAGCUAGGUUUGCCUUCCUGUCCAGGCACAGCUGCUGUGAAAACCAGAGAGGAAAUUGCCAUUUCUGCACAAAUGAAUUCGCUAUCAAGGGAUGCUCAAGUCAAGAUCAUGGAGGGUACAGUGGCCAAUGCAGAGAAGUAUCUCGGCCAGUUCUGCAUGCUAUUGUCUUCUUACACCCGCAAGACGGCCAGACUGAGAGACAAGGUCGACCUUCUGAUAAGACACAUCAUGGACUUUGCAAACACCGAGAACCCAGAGAUGCGAAGUUGCCUUAAGGACUUUGGAGAGGAGUUGUCCAAAGUUCAGGACUAUCGACAGGCGCAGGUGGAAAGAUUGGAUGUCAAGGUUAUUGGACCACUAAAGGCUUAUGGACCUCUGACAAAAUCCAAACGGACAGAUAUUAAAAAAUUUAACAGCGUCAGAAAACGUGAAAUGAGGGAGCUGGAAGUUCUGCAAAAGGUGAAACAAAGAAAUCCAUCGGACAGGCAAGGAAUUUCAUUGUCUGCCUUGGUGGAGGCUGAGGCCAAUGUGCAGAAGGCUUCGGUCGAUGUUAAUCACACUACGCAUCAGCUGGAGGAGAUCAUUUUCAAGUUUCAGAAGGAGAAACUGAAGGACCUCAAGGAUAUCUUCUUAAACUUUGUGACAAUUGAGAUGACAUUCCACGCCAAAGCUCUCGAGGUGUACACAAAUGCCUUCCAAUGUUUGCAUGACUUUGACGAAGGGAAAGAUCUGGAGGCAUUUAAGUCAAAGAUCUGCAUUACUGACCUGGAGAAUAAUGCACGUCCAGCACAGACUCACGGCCCCUUGGGCACCCAGCACUCCAUGCGCCGUCAGGGACAGGUUACAGAGGAUGAGCAGGAUGAGGAGGAAGAUGAAGAGGAGGAGGAGGAGGAGGAGGAAGUUGAAGAGUUGCAGGAAGUCAGUGAUGAAGAUUACAAUCAAUACUCGAAGAUUAAAAAAUGAUAUAUUUGAUCACUGACAGUUCCUCCCCUUCCUGUGAAUGCCCUGGAUAAAACAACAGUGUUUACUUUCUCAUUUGGAAACACUUUGCUUUGUAUUACUCUCUCUCCAUCAAACUCCAAUAUUUCAGGGUCAGCUAGGAACCUACCAAGGAAUUUGCAUUCAUAUUUUGCUUUGGGAUGCUGUUUUUUAAAUUAUUGUUUCUGCGAGUGAGAUGAGUGAGUUGACAGCAAACCAAACCAUUUGCGAUGUGUGAUUUGAUACGUAACCAAACCAUUUCAUAAAGUGAAAAUCUAAAAAAAACUGCAGAUGAUGUAAAUCUGAAAUAAAAACAGAACCAGUUGGAAACACUCAGCGACCUAAGAUAAAGUCCCGUCAAAUCUGAUUAAAGAUAGUCUGAGGGUCUUCAAUGAGGUGGUUAGCAGCUCAGGACUGCUCUCUUGUUGCUGGUAGAAUGGUUCAGUUGCCUGAUGAUAGCUGGGAAGAAACUGUCCCUGAAUCUGGAGGUGUGCGUUUUCACACUUCUGUAUCUCUUGCCUGAUGGGAGAGGGGAGAAGAGUAAGUGACCAGAGUGAGGCUCGUUCUUCAUUAUGCUAGUGACCUUGUCAAGGCAGCAUGAAGUAAAUGGGCCCCCACAGCCAUCUGCACUUAAUUUUCAGUUCAGGAAAUUUCAGAGAAUCAACAACGUCUUGCUUGUAUGUCAUGGUUCCAGUAGCGAAAACCCUACCCCACACACUUUUUUAUUCCUGUUGCUGAUUAUUUAUUCAUCUAUUUACAGACCGACCUUUUGUUAUCCUUCAAAUGCAUUUACCACCCUCUGUCACCCAUUCAGUUGUUUAAUCUCUCCAUCACCAACCAAUUGAAGACAAUCCCUGUUAUUCCCUCCUCCCCUCCGUUCCCAGCUCUGAUGGAAGGUCAUUAACCUGAAACAUUAUCGCGGCUCCUCUCACUCAGAUGCUGCCUGGUCCGUUGAACAUUUCCAAUAUUAUUUAUUUUAUUUCAGGUAAGCAGCAUCUGCAGUUGUUUGCUUUCUAUUGAAAAAGAUGGAACUGAACAGAUCCCUCAGGCAGUUGUCUUGUGUUUAAUAAAAGUGUUGUUUGGUUCAAA